UGGUGCGCGGCGCGGAAACGAUGAUAAACUAUGAUGUAACAUCGGAGAUAACGUGCAACGAGGUAGGGCUCCUCAGGUCACACUCGAUUGCCAUUAUGGCCAUCACGAUGGCCAUGAUGAUGAUGAUGAUGCGACCAACGGACCAACGCGAGCGACACCAGGCUAGCCACCCUAACCAGGCGACACUAUGUUCAUUGUUGUUUAUUUUUUAUUUACGGUGAGUUAAAAAAAAUUACCGUGUAAACUUGUAAAAACAUGAAGCAAAUUUUCUUAGUUUUUUAAAAACGAAAUUGCAUUUUGUUGAGACCCACAAAUGGUACCGCCAUCGUCAUGAACAGCGCGUUGGUACGUACGUUUUUGUUGUGUGUGUUGCUGAGUGGUAGCGCGCGUCCAUGUGCAUUUCUUCGGCGGCAUGUUCGCGUACGUUCGUUUCCGCGACGACAACGAAAAGCGAAUCGUCCCAGUGGCUGCAUGUAAACACCUCAAGCCGAACGAUACGAGCGAUUUUAAUCCUCGCAAAUGGUACAAAGUCUUCUGGAAAGAUGAAACACACUGCGACCACUACCACGCUCAAGUGAUUAGGCUUUACGCUACCGAGGACGAUGCAAGGAAGGCUACCGAAAAACGAACUUCCAUUCCUCAAAGACCUGGCAGCGACUCCUCCUAUAGCUGCAGUUCAAAUGAAGUGGAUGGAUCGUUUGAAGAAGAAACGCAGCGUCAAGCUGCUGUUAAACAGAAAAUGAAGGAUGUGAGCAGCCAUUUUAAGAAGCAGCGAGACCUCCUGUUUGGUGAUGCUGAGGGAGGAAAAAAGACCGAGAAAGAACUUCUCAAAGAAGUGAAUAUGCUGAAGGCCGAAAAUUCAAAACUCUUGGACCGAAUAACAAUGCUCGAAAAGGCCCUAUGCAGCAAAAUUUUCAAAACAGAAAAAAACCUCGUUCUGUGCGAGGGCUGCAGCCGCAAGCCAGAACAACAAGUUGCGCCUUUGCCAUCGCCAUGUGCUGCCACGGUGCAGCUGCCACGCACCACCACCAUGCAGCCGCCGCGCACCGCUACCGUGCAGCCACUGCGCACCACCACAGCGACCCCGGGCAGCCCUGAAGUGGCCCACACAAGUGCGAGGGAGGCCGAUUACGUGCCCACUGACGGAGAGGUGCAUCUGGGCAAAGGGAUCACCAUUCCUGAGGGCCUGUACAGCCGCCUCAUGAGCACAAAAAGCGAAAUCCGCUUUGUUCUGGCCCACCUGCCAGUCGGCUAA